AUGGCGGCCACCGAUGCUGACACAGCAGAGAAGGCCAGAGUCUCUGGCAAUGAACUCUACAAAGCAGGCCAACUCGCCCAGGCCGAAAAAGCCUACCAGCUAGCGGCUCAUCUAGCUCCGCAAGAUCCCGCACCUGUCUCCAACCUGUCCGCUGUGAAGUACGAGAUGGGCGACUACCAAGGCUCCAUCAUCCAAAUCAGACAGGCAUUGGAACUCAGCCCUGCCGGUACGGAGAACAGCGCUAAAAGAGACAAACUUAACGCUCGACUCGCCAAGUGCUUCCUACAUCUACGUGACGUGAGCUCCGCCAAGGAUGCCAUAUCCGCCGUCGGCGACCAAGAUCUGGGUGCUGAGCUAUCUGAAUCGCUCAAAUCGAUGCUGGCUUUAUGCGCAUCUGCGCCCGACCAAUCCGUUUUCAGGAGGCAAAUCCUUGAUCAUGUUCCGCAAUACAAAUCAUGGCUGUCAAUUUGCCCGCGUCUAGCGACAGCCGCCCACUAA